AUGGCGAAGAUGAAAAGUUUUCGAGGAACGAUCCAUGAUCGCAAAAUGAGUCAUGACAAACAACAAACGCUUGACGACGAGAUUAGCCGGCCGGAUUUGAACGACGAGAAUACUGGGACCUCUGGAAUCGGAAUGAACAAACGUUCACCAGCAAAAGAGACCGAUGAAACGGCUAUAAUGUCGUCACACACUCACAACACAAAGCAAGACAAACAAACGUUGUGCACAGUGAAUGACAAAAAUCGAUAG